AUGAAAUAGAUUCCUAUUGUAUACUUUUAUCAAAAUGAACCAAAGACAUAAUUUAUGUUCUUUUUUUAAGGAGAGGAAGUACUAUAAUUAUUUAACUUUAUUGUAGCUAAUAGUAAAAAAUAUAUUACAGCAAUUUCCUUUUAAAAUUACAACACAUCAUAUUAGAUUUAAAAUAUUUGUUUAAGAUAUUGAACCAAAAACGUAAUCAAUUAAUUUAAUUAAUAGAUAUGCUUGGUUUGAUAUCUCUAAUCCUAAUGCUAAAGUACCAGUUGUUAAUGAUACUGUUUUUGUAAAAAUAUUAACUCUUUAACAUCUUUCAUAUAGUAGAAUAGCUAAAAAAAUGGUUGAAAGUUUGUUUUAAAAUUAAAAAGUUGGAGAUUUAAGGAUCUAACAAAAUCCUAUUUAAUAAUCAUAUUAAACUUAAAAAUAACAAUCUAAUUCAUCACCUAAAUUACAAUAGUAAUAAAAUUAAAAAUAAAUUUAACAACAAGGUGGUGAGAGAUAUAGCAAUAAGUAAUUGAGUAAUUUAUCAAAUGGGACUAGUCAAGGUGGUGAUCUUUUAGAAGCAUUUGAGAAAUUUGAUUACAAACCAAAUCCUCAUCAUACUUAAUCAUAACCAAUCAGCCAUACAGAUUUAGAUAUAAAUAAUACUAAUUUAAAUUAACCAAAACAAUUAUAAAAUGAUAAAGAUUCCUUACAGUUUUUAGGAUUUAAUCCUCAAUCACAAUAACCAUAAGCAAAAUAGGGCGAAAAUUUAUUUGAAUUCUAGACAAAUAUAGAUAAAUAACCUAUUGUUUAAAAUGAGUAAUCUCAAAGAGAGGAUCUAUUUUAAUUUGAUAUUCCAAAACAAUCAAUAUAAUAAUAAUAAUAAUAUGAAGGGCUUACAGAUAAAUAAAUUGUGGAUUUGAGAGUAGAAUAAGCAGCUGAGGGUCUAUAAAAGAUUUGGUAGGAGGAAGAAGAUUAUAAUGUUUUGAGAUAACAAGCAAAAGAUGAAAUAGAACCAAAAAUAUUAAAUUGGGCUUAUAAAAAUAAUGUAAGAAAUAAUUUAAGAUUGCUUCUUUCAACAUUGAAUGAUGUUUUAUGGGAAGGAACAGAUUGGUAAUGUUCAAUAGGAGAUUUAAUGACUGAUGAUAAAAUGAAGGUAUUUAAUAUAUCUAAUUUAUUAGCUAAAAUAUCGUUAAGCAUUAUUGAUUGUUCAUCCUGAUAAAAAUAAUAAAUCUCCUCCUGUUUAAAGAUAUAUUGCUGAAAGAGUAUUUUAUGAACUUAAUUAAGCUUGGAAAAACAAAAGUUGA